GUAACAACGCUGUUAGCAACUAAUGCUGCAAUAUGCAGGCCUGGUUUGCUUGUGUCAGCACUCUGAGGAAGACGCAGCGGAUGUGAGAACGGAGCAAGAGAGCGAAAAAGAUCGUUAGCGUGAAAUUAGUAAUAUCUCAAUGAGUUGUCUGCUAAAAUCAAAAGUCGUGUGGAAACCAGCACGCUUCCUCAUAGCAUCCUUCUUUUCUUUACAAACAACUGUAAGAGCAACGUCAAACAAAGCGAACGUUGUUCCUAAUAAGCGAAACAAAAAUAACAUUCCGAAAGAAGCAUUAUUUGAUGAUGAAAAUAUGAGGAUCCUGCCUGAUAAUGUGCUUGCUGCUUACGUUGCGCCUGUCCGUCACCCUGUGACGAAAGAUGCCGUAGAAUGUGCUCAAAUAAUGUUUAAAAGUUAUGAACUAUCAAAGUUAGAGUUCUUUGCAGACUUCGCAGUUCGUUGUGCAUAUUACAUGAAUAUACCUGUUAGGGGACCAACUCCCUUGCCUAAAAAAAUACAACGGUGGACUCUAGUGCGUUCACCUUUUGUUCAUAAAGCCUCUCAAGAGAAUUUUGAAAGAAUCACAUACUCCCGGUUACUUCGUUUGUUUAACGUAAACAGCGAAACACUCGAAGUACUGUUGGGGUAUCUGAACACAAGCAUUGUUCCGACGAUUUCCAUGGAUGUAACUGUUUACGAGCAUGAAAAGUUGGAUGUCUUGGACCGAGUGCAACAACUUAUUCCUGAUGCAAACGAAGAAACGUGGGAAUGUGGAAGAGAAGAUCAAAUUAUUCCCAAGGCGGUUGACCGCUUGCUUUCCACAGACAAAGAUUUCGUUGCCUUGAUGAAAAAGACCGGACGGUAGUUUUUGCAAAACGCUUUUUGCAUUUUUUUUCCAAACCAUUUAUGAUUUUGUAUAAAUCAAUACAUUUGCAAACGCAGUUCGGAUUCUAAAAUGGACACCCAAAAAAGAUGUCUAGUGCAUUUAUAUAUCCAGUGAAAUCUCCUCUGGGUUCGCUGGAGAAGCUUGUUUUGAAGGAGAUUGGUCGUUCACAUUACCACCCUGCGGUCCCGUAGAAGAGGCAACAAAACCAGCAAGAGGUUUAUCGCGCACGACUGCAUUGUUUAAUUGUUCCAUUGCAUCGUUACUGGCAACAGCGUCACUGCUGGUCGAGAGAACGGCCGCUUGCUUUGCGAUGAAAGCAACAUCAGAAUUGAAUUUUGCAAGAACAGACCGCUUGAUGCGAAGCAUGUCUUUUACUGUUUCUUCGGCGUUUCCAUACUUAAUUUCGAAAUCCUGCCAUUUCUCCCAAUAAUCAGAUUCUACUCGUGGAUCGCAGUAUUGGCUUCCAUGAAUGAAGAUAGCACGAGCACGAUCAAUUUCACCCAGCUUUAUUUCGAGUUCCGCAUAACGAAGACACAUUUCUUUCACUUGGGCGUCCGGAAGUAUUUCAAUAGCUUUUUCAUAAAUAGGUCUUGCAGCAGCAAUACCGAAGUUCACGGUGGCUUUCACCAACCAUAUAUCGAACACAUUUUUUCUUUCCUCUGGUACAACGGCAGUACUUGCUUUCUCCAGAAUGCUUAAAGAUUUUCGGGCCUUUCCAUAGGUUUCUUCGUAUUCGGCGUAAAGAAGAUACAGUGGUUUCGCAAAUUUUUCUGGGCAAUUAUCAAGCGCUUGCUCAAAUAGAUCACGGGCACGUUCCAAUCUUUGUCCUUUAUAACGUUGAACGAAUUUAGUUAGAUACAAAUUCCAUAGUUCGAACGCAACGGGAUAGCUGAACAAUGCAACACCGCGUUCAUAAACUUUGAAACUAUCUUCAAAGAAUUGGUUUUCUUCUAAUAGAUUGGCAUAAUUAACGACGACUUGGGGUGUCGCGAUUUUAAGUUCGAACAUUCGUUCAUAAAGAGCUCUUGUUGAUUCGAGUGUGCCGACACUUUCUUCCAAAUCAAGAUAAAACAACCAAAGCUUUGCGGAUUUGUGCAGCCGUGCUUGUGGACUCAAAGAUUCAUCAAAGAAACUGACAGUGCUGUGCUUUGGACCUUUCGUGGCUUGUGCUACAAGUGAACGUGCACGAUCAAAAUUGUUUUGUCGAAGUUCCAUCUCAGCCCAAUCAAUCCAUAUUUGUGCCAAAUCAUUUACUGAUUUGAAUGGCACUUUUGUAGCUUUCUCAAAAAUGAUCCGUGCAUUUUCUAAGUCAUCCAAUUUUUCAAAAAACAUUGCAAAAUUCGUCCACAAACCAACAAAGUCGCCGACGGCUUGACUAGGCUUAAUGGAACUUAAUGCUUUGGUAUACACAGAAAGCACAGCUUCAGCAUCUUCACCAUGCAAUUCAACUCUUCGCUGCCAUUCAGAAGCAUUAUGCACGUUUUGUCGAAGGAGCACAUCGUUCACAUAAAAUGGGCGCUGGUUCAGGAGAUUUUCUAGCCGUAAGAGUUGGAAGUCUAGCUCAACAUCAUUUACAUUAUUUGUUUCUGCCCGUUCCAUUAAAUGCGUGACCCAUUGUUCUUCGAAUUCAACGGCAGCAUCGAAGACGAAUGUGAAAUCCCGUACAGUUACAACUGUAGUAAUUCCCUCCAUAAAAAUAUCACGCGCCUGAAUAUUAGCAACAGAAAAAAAAAAAUAUUAACAACAGCUUCAAAAGAACGGUUGAGAACUUACCUUUUCAUACAAACCCAUCCGAAUAAAGUACCGUGCAAGAGUUGUAUACAGCCGACCGGCUUGGUCAGUAAAUCUUUUUAUGCCCGCUCGCAAAACUUCCUCAACGUUGAUGUUCUGGAUUUCGCGCGGAUGCUUGACCAGGAGUUCAGAAAACUCUGACCAGAUUUGGUAAUUACUUUUCCGUUUUGUCGAAAGGAAAACGGGGCGAUUGAGAAUGUUGAGGUAUUCGUGUACAGCGUCAUUCCACAUCUCCAUGUGAACAAGUUCUUCAAUAAAAUCCUCAAUUGCCCGAGGUUCAACACAGACGUAGCGUCUGAGUACAUGGACGCAGAAAGGGCCUCCAAUGCUAAUAGCGUAGUCUUUAUAU